AUGGCGGCAGUGCGAGGGCAGUACCGGCACAUACCGAAUGCUCUCCACAAGCCGGGCGGAAGGUGGUGGGAGAUUCGAGGACUCGUCAAGCUCAACUUCUUCAUCUCCGUCGUCUUUGUGGGCCAAGCCUUCAACGGCUUCGAUGACGGCUUGAUUGGCUCGUUUCAGGCCUAUCCGUCCUGGCAUCGCGCGCUGGGCUACCCUUCGUCGUCUGCAAUCGGCUUACUGAAUGCGGCAGCAUACAUCGCAGGCCUGCUCACGGCGCCUGUCGCAGGCUACGUCGCCGAUAAAUGGGGUCGUAGGUGGUGUGUGCGAUACAGUGCCGUCGCCGGCUUGAUUGCGACAGCGAUUGGCGCAUGUGCCGGCAUCGACGAUGCCAGCGGAUACGCCUUUUUCAUCGUCUCGCGCAUCAUCUUCGGCUCCGGUCUCGCCUUUUGCGUGGUCAUCUCGCCGAUCCUCCUACAAGAACUGCCUCACCCUUCUCAGCGCGUGACCAUCGCCGGUCUCUUCAACACGAAUUACGCUGUCGGCAACUUUAUCGCGGCAUGGCUCUGCUUUGGCUGCUCGUACAUCAAGAACGACUGGUCUUGGCGGACCGUCUACAUCAUCCAGAUCAUCCCAGCGCUGUACCUCCUACUCGCCAUCCACUUCGUGCCGGAGUCGCCACGCUGGCUCAUGUCGAAGGGUCGCGAAGCGGAAGCGCUCGACUUCCUCGUCAAAUACCAUGGCGACGGUAACCCGAACGACGAGCUCGUCUUGUUCGAGUUUGGCGAGAUGAAGGAGACGUUGCAGAAAGAGCGGGAGUUGCGGCAGGACACCUGGCGCGAGAUCGUCUCGCGGCCGGGCAAUCGACACCGUCUCUACAUCGUGCUGCUCAUCGUCUCUUGCCAGAAUCUCAGCGGGACAGCCAUCAUCCAGUACUACUACACCCACAUCCUCAAGCUCGUCGGCAUGACCGACACGCAGCAAGUCACAGGCUUGAACGCAGGCCUCACCUUCUGGGUUUGGCUCGCCGCUAUCCUCGGCGUCUACAUCGUCAAUCGCGUCAAGCGACGAACACUGCUCCUCGGCGCUUGGAGCGCCCUCAUCGUCGUCAACGUCGCUUUCACGGUGACCGCGGCGGAGUACACGAGGACGGGCAGUGCUGCGGCAGGUCGCGCUAAUAUCGCGCUUCUGUGGCUCUAUGACGGCGCGUUCUUCGUCGUAUGCGGACCACUUUUCUUCUCCUAUCAAGCAGAAUGCCUCUCGUACUCGAUGCGGGCGAAGGGCAUGAUGCUUUGGGGCAUGGUCAACAAGCUCAUCUCGAUCUUCAACGCUUAUGUCAACUCUAUCGCCCUCGACGAGAUCGGGUGGAAAUACUACCUCGUCUACACCUGCAUCCUCUCGAUCCAGCUCGUCGGGAUGUACUUCCUCUGCGUCGAGACAUCCGGACUCACUCUGGAAGAGAUAUCCGCCGUCUUCGAUGGACCAGCCACGGCGCCUCCAAUCAAUGCGGCGCCGUUGGAAGCCAGCGUGCACGAGAAGAAACACGACAUGCCUCUCCCUCGCGCUGCGAAGGGCGAUCGAAUAGAGAAAUAG